CGGCAGUAAUUGAUUUCUUGAUCACGUGUCUGAGCCUUUGAUUGCAGGCAGUCGCCCAAAACAGCUUAGCGGCGCCGAUCGCUGCCCGCAGCCGGAGCAGCAACGCGAUAUCCGUCAGGCGGAGAAGAGUGAUUGAUUCUAUUCAAGAUCAAGCUCUCGAUUCAUGGAGCAAAACUUCCCCUUCUUCAAUGAGACACCCUGAUCCAUGACCGCGGAUAGCCUGCGACAUUGAAUCGCAUUUUUCUUUUUUCCUUUUUUCAAGUGGGGAGUUCUUGCGCUUGAAUCUGCUUUCUUCGAGUGCUUCAAACCACUCGCCCGUUUAUUCCUUGUUGCAGUUCUGCUAGUCGGACACCUCGUACACCUUCCUUUCACAAUGGCGACGCAAGCAGCCCUGAUCGCAGAUACGAUCAUGGGCAUGAAGAAGGCUCUGCGCCGGGAGAAUGAGAUUUCAGGACCUGACUCCCCCAUCACACAGCCGACAAAUCGAGGAAAUAAGCUCAAGGCCAAUGCGCAAUAUGUUCAUGAAGGGGUUUUGGGAUACACGAAUCCACAGGCUAUGUACAAGGAGGAAAUCGAGCACGCUGGCUACAGACGGUAUAUAUUGCAACGCAAUCCGCCCCGAUAUGAUUCGGAAGGGGACGAGCUCGAUGAGGACGACGUAGACUCAGAAGCCGAUGCUGCUGCAGCGGAGGAAAAUCCAUUCGCUGAAAUUGCGCUUGAACAACUUCUGUGCCCUAUCAAGCAUCCGUCCGAAUUGCCCACUCACCCGUCGAUGUCUCAGCCCUAUACAUCCAAGGCCCUCAAGACAAUGGCUACAGCUGUUGAAAGAAAAUUAUGGCAGGAGCGGAACCUACUAUGGCGGGCUAGGAAUUUGCAUCGACUGUUUUUAGGCGAUAGCGCUUGGAUGUCGUGUGGACAGGUCGAGACACCGGAAGACAAGUUUCUUUUCGAACCCAGGAUUGUCAAUGGUGGUGGGCAGAGCUCGUCUACUACCGGGCAAGAACAAAGUCGUGUAGCAACCCCACUCCAGACGGGCGUGCCUAAAGAUCGUGGGGAAGCUGGCUCCCAUGGCGACGGAUCGCACGACGGGAGCGGGCAGGAUUCGCGGCCCGCUGAACGGGAUGUUAACAUGACGGACGCUCCCACUGAGCUUGGUAACGAUGUCGAUGAGAAGGAUACAAAGAAACCAAAGUCUGAGGAUACCGACGCAAUGGUUACGGAGGCCCCCUCGCAUGGCGAAGACGCUCGUGAGGGGCCGUUCAAUGAACAGGACACUGAGGAUCAAAAUGGCCACGAGUCGAAAGAUGGGCAGGAUGAACACGAUGAGGCUCACGAAGGCUCCUCUCCCGAGCCGCCACGACGCAUGACAACUCGUGCCCAGACAAACGCUGCUAACCCACAGCAAGGGAAUGCUUCCUCAAGCGAUCCUCCCUCUCCCUCUGACGACGGAUCUAGCGCCCUCCCCGGCAUUCAUCCGCUUUUCCUCGUCCCUGAAUCUAUCCGUCAAGACGCCAACUUUGGCCUCCCACCAAACGAGGCUGAAGACACACGGCGACUUCUUUGGUCCUAUAUUCAGAAGCAAGAGGAGACGGUGCGCGGCUUUGAACACAUGCUAGAGUCCUUAUUGAAGGCAUGCCGGAUGAAAGACGAAGUGUUCGAGUGGUGCAAGGCCGAAGGACAUCUCGGAGAGAUGAGCGACGGCGAAGAUUGGUAUGACCGGGAGAAAUGGGGUCUUGCGGAGGGAGAAGAUCUGAAAAAAGGCGCGGACGAAGAUGAAGUGGAAGCAGUCGACGAGCACAGAACAACAGGCAAAAGAGGCCGAGGACGAAGACAAUGAGCCAUGUCUUUGCUUUGCUCGUCACUUGAUCUUUCAGCACAUAUCUGCUCUUUUUUUCGAUUUCCUUCUUCUUCUUCUUCUUCACCGAUGUGAUACUCUUUCGAUAUCUGGGAUCAUAUGGCGUUUAUUAUCUAUGGACAACAUCCUGCAUGUGGGUUCUUUCCGUGGAACCAAACACUCUUGCCAAAGAGUAAGGGAAGACGAUAUCCAUAAGAAGGUACCUCAACUGUUAAUGGAUCAUUUAGUUGGGGAAGAGCGGUAUCUAUGUGAAUAUGGAGUUGGUGGCGUACUGUUUGAUUUGUUAUCCUUGCUUUGCUUAUCUUUUGGUGCUGCACAUAGGACUAGAUUCGCUAUGCGGGGUAUGUAGUCGGGUUCAGUCUAGCCGAAGUCAUUUAUUUAUACCUUGAUAGCCAGCAUAGAAGGAGAGGAUAGUUCAGUUCAGUUUCAAAUGAGAAAUAAGCUGUGAAACAGAGGCA